AUGCAGAUCUUCGUCAAGACUCUCACUGGCAAAACCAUCACCCUCGAGGUUGAAUCCUCUGAUACUAUUGACAAUGUCAAGUCCAAGAUCCAGGACAAGGAGGGAAUUCCCCCAGACCAACAGCGAUUGAUUUUCGCUGGUAAGCAACUUGAGGACGGACGCACCCUUUCGGAUUACAACAUCCAGAAGGAGUCUACACUUCACUUGGUUCUCCGCCUUCGUGGUGGUAUGCAGAUCUUCGUCAAGACCCUCACCGGAAAGACCAUCACCCUUGAGGUGGAAUCGAGCGAUACCAUCGACAAUGUGAAAUCGAAGAUUCAGGACAAGGAGGGCAUUCCACCAGAUCAACAGCGUCUUAUCUUCGCUGGUAAGCAGUUGGAGGAUGGCAGAACCCUUUCAGACUACAACAUCCAGAAGGAGUCCACUCUCCACUUGGUCCUUCGUCUUCGUGGUGGUAUGCAAAUCUUCGUCAAGACUCUUACCGGCAAGACGAUCACUUUGGAGGUUGAGUCAUCCGAUACCAUCGACAACGUAAAGUCAAAGAUUCAAGAUAAGGAAGGUAUCCCACCAGAUCAGCAACGUCUCAUCUUUGCCGGAAAGCAACUUGAGGAUGGCCGCACCUUGUCUGACUAUAACAUUCAAAAGGAGUCCACUCUUCACUUGGUGUUGAGACUUCGUGGUGGUAUGCAGAUUUUCGUCAAGACCUUGACUGGAAAGACUAUUACUCUCGAAGUUGAGUCUUCAGACACCAUCGAUAACGUCAAGAGCAAGAUCCAGGAUAAGGAGGGUAUCCCACCAGACCAACAGAGAUUGAUCUUUGCCGGAAAGCAAUUGGAAGAUGGUCGUACAUUAUCUGAUUACAACAUUCAAAAGGAGAGCACUCUUCACUUGGUGUUGAGACUUCGUGGUGGACAGUAA